GCUUCCCCAGUGCGUCAGGCCGGCGCUUUAUAGGUGCAGCCUGGGCGGCUCCGUCGGCUGUUUUUUUCGGCUUCUUCUGGUUGUGGUUGCUUUUGCAGUCCGCGAAGAUGCAGCUCAAGCCAAUGGAGAUUAACCCCGAGAUGCUGAACAAAGUGUUGGCCAGACUGGGGGUCGCCGGCCAGUGGCGCUUCGCGGAUGUGCUAGGACUGGAGGAGGAGACUCUGGGCUCAGUGCCAUCCCCUGCCUGCGCGCUGCUGCUGCUGUUUCCCCUCACGGCCCAGCAUGAGAACUUCAGGAAAAAGCAAAUUGAGGAACUGAAAGGACAAGAAGUUAGUCCUAAAGUGUACUUCAUGAAGCAGACCAUCGGGAACUCCUGUGGCACCAUUGGGCUGAUCCACGCAGUGGCCAAUAAUCAAGACAAGCUGGAAUUUGAGGAUGGAUCAGUCCUGAAACAGUUUCUUUCUGAAACGGAGAAGAUGUCCCCUGAAGACAGAGCGAAGUGCUUUGAGAAGAACGAGGCCAUUCAGGCAGCCCAUGACUCCGUGGCCCAGGAGGGCCAGUGUCGGGUAGAUGACAAAGUGAAUUUCCAUUUUAUUCUGUUCAACAAUGUGGAUGGCCACCUCUAUGAACUUGAUGGGCGAAUGCCCUUUCCAGUGAACCAUGGCGCCAGUUCAGAGGACUCUCUGCUGCAGGACGCUGCCAAGGUCUGCAGAGAAUUCACUGAGCGUGAGCAGGGAGAAGUCCGCUUCUCUGCAGUGGCCCUGUGCAAAGCCGCUUAAGUCCUGGGGGAGAAGGCCAGCCGCUCCCCUUCCCCUGGGCAUGCCCGCCCCUCGCAGCCCUGCGAUUGAUCUGCAGCUUUAGCACUUAUAACCACAGCUGUCUUGUGUUCCACAGCCCCGUCACCUCCACCCUUCCCCAGGCCACCAGGGAGCUAGCUCUGUCACAGCCAUGCCAGUGUGAACCUCGGAGGUGAAGCGUGCCCCGUGUCCCGUCCCCCCCCCCCCCCCGCUGUGUCUCAUACCUUCAGAUCUAUGGCUCUUUGGGUUUACGUCUGUAAGUUAAGGCUUUGGGUGUGGUUUGUCUGUCCUUAAAAGGGAUAAUAAAACUUUUCUGCUGGUAAAA